AUGAAACAUAAUCCUCAACUAUACGAAGGAACUGAAUUUAUUAAUGGUAGUGGCAGAUGUUAUGGUAUUUCUAUGGAUAGUGAUGCAAACUUUUAUACAGCUGAAUAUGAUAAUCAUAGAGUGUUGAAAUGGCUCGCUCCAUUUUAUAAUUCCACUGUUGUCGUUGCUGGUAAUGGAACAGAGUCACUUAAACCUGGUUUAUUGAGUAAUCCAACAAAUAUUUACAUUAGUCCUUUUAAUAAUGAUCUUUAUGUGUCAACUGGAAAUGCUAUAUAUAGAGAAAUUAGAAGAUGGCCAUUCAAUUCAAGUACAAGUGUGAGAGUCUGGGUACGCGCUGGUUUUCUCUCAUUGGUAGAUGGUUAUGUGAGAACCGAUUGCAAUGAUAAUAUGUAUAUUGUAUCUGAGUCUAAGAUUAUAGAAUUCUUUAGUCCAACUUUGGAAAGAGGUGUAAAUGGAGUGAAUCUUUUAGAUGUAAAUGGCGAUGGUAGUGGAUAUGCGAUUAGAUCAAUCGAGAUUGAUCCUACAAAUGGGGAUAUCUAUGCGUUAGAUAAGACUUCAAGGGUAAUACGAAAAUUUAAUAUCGUUGGUGAAGCACACAUUAGAAGUAUGUAUUUCAUCUACGUAAUUAGAAUAUACCAAAAGUAAUGGCACUAGCACUAUAAUAUCAUAUAGAAGGCUUGAGGGAAAUCUCGUUUAUAUGUCCUCAAUAUGUCUUCAUCCUUCAAUUUGAUAUGAUAAAAAUAGAAUUUGCAUAAAAUCCAACCAAAAGUUAUAAAUUAAGAACUUUAUUCUGUUUUUACUGAAUAGGUUCCACCUCUGAAGAUAAUUAAAAGAUGAUAUAAAGAGUUUCACAGAAAUGCCGAGCACAGAUUGAAGAUAAAGCAUGAACUGACAAAACUAACGGGCGAGUCAGAUUAAAUUGGCGGCCUUUGUGAACUAGAUCUCUAAGCAACCAUUUAACCCUAUUUGAAAACAAAGUGUUGUGUUAGAUAGAGCAAGCAAAGCUCUACAUUUCUAUAUAGAAAGCUAAUUUAAUAUACAAUCCUUUCUGUUUGAAAAUAUCCAAAAUAUAAGAUGAAUAAAAACUAACAUUGCUCGCUAGUUCAUUUUUUAAGUACAACACAUACAACUUUUUU